AUGUUCUCCAUCCCCGGAGUGACGUUCGACCCAUCACGUCUGCGGUCCUAUUUACUCCGACUCCCGCUUUUCACUCGACUUAUCCUGCUAUGCAUUGUUGUAUUUUGGGUGGCGAGUUUACAGCAUGUGUGGAAUGUGCCGGGAUGGGGGUCUCUGCACCCCUCUAAAAUCAGCUUUGCAGGAGGAAUGUACCGAAUAAAUACAUAUCCCAUCGUACAUUCUGGGUUCUUGCACGCCUUCUUGAACAUGCUGGCUGUAACGCCUCUUCUUGAGAAGUUUGAAGCCGAACAUGGCACUCUUACUUCUCUGGCUAUGUUCCUUGGACCCCUCUCAACAUUACCGGCGGGUAUCUACGUCUUACUUUCCAGGUUUAUUUUCCAUACCAAUAGCCCCGUUCUAGGCUCUAGUUCGUGGUUUUUCUUACUCCUUGGCUCCGAGGCUAUAAAAAGAUUUCAAACGCACCCUCACAUUAGCUGGGGCAAAUAUCAAAUCCCAAGUUGGACGUUUCCACUGAUCUUAAACGCAGUGUUGUCAAUCCUCCCUAACACGAGCUUUGUGGGCCACACGUGCUGUAUCGGUGUUGGGUAUCUCCUUGGGUUGGGAUAUUUGAAAUUCUUAUUUCCACCAGAGAAGGUCCUCCGAUGGAUUGAAACAAAGUUAAAUCUACUCGGAAGACUGCCUCAUUACGUUUCUGUGGACCAGAAAACCUAUGGCCGAUACGGUAUACUACCAACAAACGGUACAGGUGAUAGAAACAUAAAGUUGAACUUCGUAGGGUCAUCCCAAAGGCUGGGGCCCUGA